AUGUCGUUUUGUUAUGUUUUCGUGCUCUGUGACCUUCUGCAAACCGCCAAAUUCUUGUAUGGAUGUGCUGUCGGAGCCUCAAUACUAAAAGUUGAUUGGCUCACUGAUUGUAUUGCUGCUGGAACUAUUGUACAACCUGGGAAAUACAUGAUUCUUCAAAAUCGGAGUGACAUGAAGUUAACCGUAACAAGAAGGCCAGUUCGUGAUAGUAACCAAAAGCCAAUUUUUGAGAGAGCAGGGUUCAUGCUACAUGGCAAGCAUAAUUUCUGCACCAAAUUGGCAAGUGUUAUCAAGCAUGGAGGUGGACAGGUAUUCAAAACCCUUCACUGGUUAGUUAGGAGCAUUGAUGAAGGAAGGAUUUCUGUGGGAGCUAUUAUUGCAGAAAAUAAACCUUCUAUAUCACGUCACUUGAAAUACUGUGCCUCGGAGAAGGGCAUUCCUAUUAUGCCUUUUAGUUGGAUCAUUAAGAGCUUGUAUUCAGCGGAGCUACUUCCUUUCACAGAAGAAAAUCGUCCACUUCCAUUGCCAAUUGCUAAUGUACUAGAAGUUCCAGAUUCUUUGGAUAUGAGUGAAGAAAUAUAGUAGUGCUUCUGCAGCAGCAAUUUACUAGAUUUUUCAGAUAUGAAAUUAGUGGUGAUUGUUGAGUACACUUCAAAGCGGUGUUGGUUUUAGCAGAAGAGACUAUAGCUCUUGGACAUCCAGCUCAGCUCAAAUCUGGAAAAAGUCGGGUUGCAAUAUGGUUUAAAAUACCAGAUGCUUUGUCACCAAGAGGGGCAAAAGCCAAGAAGAAGAUGCAUCCAAGCAGGAUCCUCAUCCUUUACAAGUCAAACUGAAGCCUCAUCAUGUCACUUCACAUUUUUAUCCAUGAGGUAUUUACCCCAUGUUGUUCCCGUCAAGAUCCAAGAUUAAUCUAUGGAAGGAAUCUUCGUCAAGUUCAUAAACUUUUCUGCUUCCAGACACUUAAAAGGACUGCCAUUCCUUCCUCAAAUGCUCUGGAUUCACAACCUAAAAAAGUUCUGCUCUGUUAAUUUUUAGCAAGCAAUAAGAAAACCUGGCAGUCCGUCAAAUCCAAACCAAGAAG